AUGCCCUGUUACUUCGCCAUAAUUGGGUACCAGGACAAUCCCAUCUAUGAAGCCGAGUUCCCAUUUCCUCAAUUGCAGUCUUUCCCGCCGGAACUCAAAGAACUGAAUCCGUUCAUUCUACAUGCUUCUUUGGAUAUAAUCGACGACCUUCAAUGGCAAGUAAAUCCGAUUACUGGAAUGUCAAACACUUCUAGUGGUGGGUUCCUGAGAUCUCGACACAAUAAUUCGAAUGAGAACUGCUAUUUGGGUAAAAUAGAUCACUUUUACGGGUUUCCCAUCACCAGUUAUCUGUCAUACGGUAAUAUUAGGUUCAUUAUGAUCCAUAGUAAUGGAACCGGGAACGUCAACAGUACUCAGAUUGACGACAAUCAAGUGAAACUAUUCUACCAGGAGGUACACGAGAUGUACAUCAAGGCAUUGAUGAACCCUUUUUACAAAGUAAACGAUCCGAUAACAAGUCCGGUUUUCGAUUCAAGAGUACGAAUGCUUGCCAACAAAUAUUUGACAAAAUGA